UGCCUGGACAAGGAGGGAGAAGCAGUGGGAGUCAUUUCGUCCCGAGGUGCCGCCCAUUCCUAUCUCCGGACGCCUCUUCCCAAAUCUUGCGGCCUCUGACAAAUGCCUCACAAUGUCUGGGCUGACCUCGAAAAUUCAGCCUCUGAGCUCCUGCAAGAAAAGGAAGAACCUUGUUUUCCCUGGGCUCAGUGCCAAGAGACCGUGGGCAGUUGCUCAAGAUUCACUUGUGAAACUCGGAUCUCAGGAGGAGAGAAGCUUGGGACAAAUACCGAGCCUCCCACCCCCACUCCAGCUCUGUUACUGAGCAUUUUACGGAAGGAGCAGUUGUGCCAUCUUCCUCCAGCACCAGGAAGAAGGGCUUGUCUGCCAGCAUCAGAGUGUCCCGGACCUGGGGAAUAAGGUGAGGGCUGAAGCUGCUCAAAUGCUCCAUGAAGGGGAGGAAGCUGUGGGAUGAUGGGGAGGGUUCCCACAAAGAUGGAGCCUCGUCAGCCUUUCUCCAGCACCGGAAACCACAGGAAACCAGCAAGGCCCUGCCACCCACCUUCAGGCCAUGCAGCCAUGUUCCGGGAGCCCUAAUUGCGCAGAAGCCCAUGGGGAGCUCCAGAACGGCAGCCCUGCUCCUGCCUCUCUUCCUGGUAGUCAUCGACCUAUCUGACUCUGCUGGGAUUGGCUGUCCCCACCUGCCCUACUGGAACACCCGCUGUCCUCUGGCCUCCCACACGGAUGACAGUUUCACUGGAAGUUCUGCCCAUAUCCCUUGCAGCACCUGGUGGGCCCUCUUCUCCACAAAGCCUUGGUGUGUGCGAGUCUGGCACUGUUCCCGCUGUUUGUGCCAGCAUCUGCUGUCAGGUCGCUCAGGUCUUCAAUGGGGCUUCUUCCACUUCCUGGUGCAGAAAUCCAAAAAGUCUUCCACAUUCAAGUUCUGUAGGAGACACAAGAUGCCAGCACCUGCUCAGAGGAAGCUGCUGCCUAGUCGUCACUUGUCUGAGAAGAGCCAUCACAUUUCCAUCCCCUCCCCAGACAUCUCCCACAAGGGACUUCGCUCUAAAAGGACCCAACCUUCGGAUCCAGAGGCAUGGGAAAGUCUUCCCAGAUUGGACUCACAAAGGCACAGAGGGCCCGAGUUCUCUUUUGAUUUGCUGCCUGAAGCCCGGGCUAUUCGGGUGACCAUACCUUCAGGCCCCGAGGUCAGUGUGCGUCUUUGUCACCAGUGGGCACUGGAGUGUGAAGAGCUGAGCAGUCCCUACGAUAUCCAGAAAAUUGUGUCUGGGGGCCACACUGUAGAGCUGCCUUAUGAAUUCCUUCUGCCCUGUCUGUGCAUAGAGGCAUCCUACCUGCAAGAGGACACUGUGAGGCGCAAAAAAUGUCCCUUCCAGAGCUGGCCAGAAGCCUAUGGCUCGGACUUCUGGAAGUCAGUGCACUUCACUGACUACAGCCAGCACACUCAGAUGGUCAUGGCCCUGACACUCCGCUGCCCACUGAAGCUGGAAGCUGGCCUCUGCCAGAGGCAUGACUGGCAUACCGUUUGCAAAGACCUCCCGAAUGCCACGGCUCGAGAGUCAGAUGGGUGGUAUGUUUUGGAGAAGGUGGACCUGCACCCCCAGCUCUGCUUCAAGUUCUCUUUUGGAAACAGCAGCCACGUUGAAUGCCCCCACCAGACUGGGUCUCUCACAUCCUGGAAUGUGAGCAUGGAUACCCAAGCCCAACAGCUGAUUCUUCACUUCUCCUCAAGAAUGCAUGCCACCUUCAGUGCUGCCUGGAGCCGCCCAGGCUUGGGGCAGGACACUUUGGUGCCCCCCGUGUACACUGUCAGCCAGGCCCGGGGCUCAAGCCCAGUGACACUAGACCUCAUCAUUCCCUUCCUGAGGCCAGGGUGCUGUGUCCUGGUGUGGCGGUCAGAUGUCCAGUUUGCCUGGAAGCACCUCUUGUGUCCCGAUGUCUCUUACAGACACCUGGGGCUCUUGAUCCUGGCACUGCUGGCCCUCCUCACCCUACUGGGUGUUGUUCUGGCCCUCACCUGCCGGCGCCCACAGUCAGGCUCCGGCCCAGCGCGGCCAGUGCUCCUCCUGCACGCGGCGGACUCGGAGGCGCAGCGGCGCCUGGUGGGAGCGCUGGCUGAACUGCUACGGGCAGCGCUGGGCGGCGGGCGCGACGUGAUCGUGGACCUGUGGGAGGGGAGGCACGUGGCGCGCGUGGGCCCGCUGCCUUGGCUCUGGGCGGCGCGGGCGCGCGUAGCGCGGGAGCAGGGCACAGUGCUGCUGCUGUGGAGCGGCGCCGACCUUCGCCCGGCCAGCGGCCCCGACCCCCGCGCCGCGCCCCUGCUCGCCCUGCUCCACGCUGCCCCGCGCCCGCUGCUGCUGCUCGCUUACUUCAGUAGCCUCUGCGCCAAGGGCGACAUCCCCCCGCCGCUGCGCGCCCUGCCGCGCUACCGCCUGCUGCGCGACCUGCCGCGCCUGCUGAGGGCGCUAGACGCGCGGCCUUCCGCAGAGGCCACCAGCUGGGGCUGCCUUGGGGCGCGGCAGCGCAGGCAGAGCCGCCUAGAGCUGUGCAGCCGGCUCGAACGAGAGGCCGCCCGAUUUGCAGACCUAGGUUGAGCAGAGCUCCCCUGCAGUCCCGGGUGUCUGCGGCCGCAACGCAACGGACACUGGGUGAAACCCCGGAAUGAGCCUUCGACCCUGAAAUCCUUGAGGUGCCUCGAGGACGACUGGUCGAAAAGCCUUAUUCCCUGCCUCACAGGCCGGAAGUCCCAACCCAGUCCCCGCGCGCAUCCCUCUUCCUCCUCAUACUUUCCCUUGACUGAGAGCUCCUCUAACCCCUGUUCUGAUGGGUGAGGGCGGUCUUCCCACUUCCUCUCCAGAACUCCAGAAACAGCAGUGUGCUCAUGCUUCAGUCCAGGCUGGAGAGGUUGGAGCCGGGGUAGGGAGGCAGGAGCCAUGUCAGUUCUGAAGGAGGGUGAGGGGGUGGGGGGGUGUGGGGGGCGGCUGAGAGAAAACCUCCUUGGGGGCCAGGGAUUCCCUUUCCCACACUGAGGCUCUGCCCAGAGGGAGAGAGGACUCGACCUAGGAAAUGAGACUUUUGGCUCUGGGUGGUCAGGACAAUGGGGGUUGGGGGUGGGGUGGGUGGGUGCUGGGGGUGGGGACCAAGAUCCGGAAAGAUGAAUAAAGACAAACAUGACAAACUAAGAAAA